ACGUAAUCAUACCUCUAGUCAUAGCAUACCAUUUAUCGGGCUCGGCGCAGGCCCUCGGGGAGCGCAGCCCGGCCGAGAGACUGAUGGAGAGGCAGAAACGGAAGGCAGACAUCGAGAAGGGGCUGCAGUUCAUUCAGUCGACACUACCCCUAAAGCAAGAAGAAUAUGAGGCCUUUCUGCUCAAGCUGGUGCAGAACCUGUUUGCUGAGGGCAAUGACCUGUUCCGGGAGAAGGACUACAAGCAGGCGCUGGUGCAGUACAUGGAGGGGCUGAACGUGGCCGACUACGCCGCCUCCGACCAGGUGGCCCUGCCCCGGGAGCUGCUGUGCAAGCUGCACGUCAACAGGGCCGCCUGCUAUUUCACCAUGGAUGAAAGUGUUACCCAGCUUGGCCAGGAGCUGGCUCAGAAGCUUGGACUGCGAGUUCGGAAGGCGUAUAAGAGGCCCCAGGAAUUGGAAACCUUCUCUCUGCUCAGUAAUGGCACUGCGGCCGGCGUGGCAGAUCAGGGAACUUCCAAUGGAUUGGGGUCCAUAGAUGACAUCGAAACAGACUGCUACGUGGACCUGCGGGGCUCCCCAGCCCUCCUCUCCUCCACCCCCACGAUGCCCCUGUUCCCUCACGUCCUGGACCUGCUGGCUCCCCUGGACAGCAGCAGCAGGGCCCUGCCGGGCACCGGGGGCCUGGACGACUUCUCUGAUGGGGAUGUCUUUGGUCCGGAGCUGGACACCCUCCUGGACUCGCUGUCUCUGGUCCAGGGGGCCCUGCCUGGCAGCGGCGUGCCCAGUGAGUUGCCCCAGCUGAUACCUGUCUUCCCCGGUGGGACCCCACUGUUGCCUCCUGUGGUGGGCGGCUCCGUCCCCGUCUCCAGCCCACUGCCCCCCGCCUCCUUUGGCCUGGUCAUGGACCCAUCCAAGAAGCUGGCUGCCUCCGUGCUGGACGCCCUCGACCCCCCAGGCCCUACACUGGACCCCCUGGAUCUGCUGCCAUACUCAGAGACACGCCUGGAUGCCCUUGACAGCUUCGGGCCAACCCGAGGCUCCCUGGAGAAGCCCGACACCUUCACAGAGGAGACCAACUCACAGGACCACCGUCCCUCAAGUGGUACUCAGAAACCAGCCCCCUCGGCUGGCCCUGGUGAUCCCAGCCGCCACCCAGUGCCCAAGAUGGCCAAUCUCCUACCACAGCCAGAGCCCUCCAUGCCCAACACCGCCCUGCUUAUCAAGAACCCCUUGGCUGCCACCCACGAGUUCAAGCAGGCCUGCCAGCUCUGCUACCCCAAGACAGGCCCCAGAGCUGGCGACUACACCUACCGAGAGGGCCUUGAGCACAGGUGCAAGCGGGACAUCCUGCUCGGCCGGCUCCGCAGCUCCGAGGACCAGACCUGGAAGCGGAUCCGGCCUCGGCCCACCAAGACCAGCUUCGUGGGCUCCUACUACCUGUGCAAAGACAUGAUUAACAAGCAGGACUGUAAGUACGGGGAUAACUGCACCUUCGCCUACCAUCAGGAGGAGAUCGACGUGUGGACCGAGGAGCGGAAGGGCACCCUCAACCGCGACCUGCUCUUUGACCCGCUGGGGGGUGUCAAGCGUGGCAGCCUCACCAUCGCCAAGCUCCUUAAGGAGCACCAGGGCAUCUUCACCUUCCUCUGUGAGAUCUGCUUUGACAGUAAACCUCGGAUCAUCAGCAAAGGCACCAAGGACUCUCCGUCCGUCUGCUCCAACCUGGCCGCCAAGCACAGCUUCUACAACAACAAGUGCCUGGUGCACAUCGUCCGCUCCACCUCCCUCAAGUACUCCAAGAUCCGCCAGUUCCAGGAGCACUUCCAGUUCGACGUGUGCCGCCAUGAGGUGCGCUACGGCUGCCUGCGGGAGGACAGCUGUCACUUCGCCCACAGCUUCAUCGAGCUCAAGGUUUGGCUGCUGCAGCAAUACUCAGGCAUGACCCACGAAGACAUCGUUCAGGAGUCCAAGAAGUACUGGCAGCAGAUGGAAGCCCACGCAGGGAAGGCCAGCGGCAGCUUGGGUGCCCCACGAGCACACGGGCCCAGCACCUUUGACCUACAGAUGAAGUUUGUGUGUGGCCAGUGCUGGAGGAACGGGCAGGUGGUGGAGCCCGACAAGGACCUCAAGUACUGCAGUGCCAAGGCCCGGCACUGCUGGACCAAGGAGCGGCGGGUCCUUCUGGUAAUGUCCAAGGCCAAGAGGAAGUGGGUGUCGGUGAGGCCACUGCCAUCCAUUCGCAACUUCCCGCAGCAGUACGACCUCUGCAUCCACGCACAGAACGGCCGUAAGUGUCAGUAUGUGGGGAACUGCUCCUUUGCACACAGCCCCGAGGAGAGGGACAUGUGGACCUUCAUGAAAGAGAACAAGAUCCUGGACAUGCAGCAGACCUAUGACAUGUGGCUGAAAAAGCACAACCCGGGGAAGCCCGGGGAAGGGACUCCCAUCAGUUCUCGGGAAGGGGAGAAGCAGAUCCAGAUGCCCACGGACUACGCAGACAUCAUGAUGGGCUACCACUGCUGGCUCUGCGGCAAGAACAGCAACAGCAAGAAGCAGUGGCAACAGCACAUCCAGUCCGAGAAGCACAAGGAGAAGGUCUUUACGUCCGACAGCGAUGCCAGCGGCUGGGCCUACCGCUUCCCCAUGGGCGAGUUCCGGCUCUGUGACAGGCUCCAGAAAGGCAAGGCCUGCCCGGACGGGGACAAGUGCCGCUGCGCCCACGGGCAGGAGGAGCUCAACGAGUGGCUGGACCGGCGCGAGGUGCUGAAGCAAAAGCUGGCCAAGGCCCGCAAGGACAUGCUGCUGUGCCCGCGGGACGACGACUUCGGCAGAUACAACUUCCUGCUGCAGGAGAACAGGGACACCUCGGGAGCCGUCCCCGAGGCUCCUGCUGCUGCCACCACUGGAGAGUAGGGCCAGUAGGCCAUGGGUGACAUGCUGGGGAUGGCCGGGGUGGGGCCAGAGGGCCAGAGGGGAGGACCAGGGCAAGCCCGCUGGGGGUGGGGGGCCGCCCUCCUUGGCAGCCCCCAGCCCCCUCCCUACCCCUCCGCCCAGGCGUGCAUCCCCAGGUGCAUGUGCUGCAGCCCCGAGCAGGCCCAGGGUCCUCCUGGCAGACCCUCUCCAGCCCCGCGUCUCUCCUGGUUGGGGAGGGAGGGGCCUGGCUGACCCCUCCAGCUUCAGCCUACAGCUUUAACUUCUGUCUGCUCCUAAAGGGGCCCAAAGCUCAGGGCUGGGGAGCCUGGGGUCCCCACUUGAAUCUGCAGUAGAAGGGUCUGUCUCCCUGCCCCCGCUCACCCUGUUCCCCCUGACCCAGGAGGGACAGAUCAGGACAUAACAGAGGGCAGGAGGCCCCAAUUAGCUUUAAAAUGCAGCCCCAGGAUGGAGCUGGGGACACUGUACUGGUCACUUACCUUGUGGGGCCUCAGUUUCCCCUUAGUUGGAAGGGUCGGAGGAGCUGAGCUGGAUGAUCUCUGGAGACUAAGGAGUUGGGCUCUUUCCACGAUGUCGCCACCUCAGCCCCUCCCUGUGGGCUGCUGAAUGUAGAUUGUAGAUACCUAGAGCCUUCAGAGAUGGCCCAGUCGAACCCCCACCUUGCCUCGUAGGAUGGGUGACCUCUCCAGGGUCUGCAGCACACAGCAUGAGGCAGAGCUGGGAUGAGAACAGUGAUCUAAAGACUCAGGGCCAAUUCUCGGCUGGAAUCUCUGAGCUUCCUGGCAAGGAUGGGCCAGUCUGGGUCGGAGUGUGCUAGGGUUCCAGGCAGCACAGCCCAAGGGGUGGGAAGCGAAGCCCAGAGGAGGGCUGGUCAUGUCAGCACCUCUCAGAGGCACAGUCCCCCCAGUUGGCCACAGGGAGUGUAGCAGCACAGUUACCUCCCACACUUCUUGGGGAAGAGGGCAAAGGGCAUGAGGAUGGGGAAGGAAAGGAGGCUGGACCCUAGACACCAUGGGCCACUCCAGGAGGGGACAUGGCCCCUCUUUCUUGGAGACCCAGCAUGGUCCUUUUCACUAGACCCAAACACACUCUCUCGGCUCUCUGUUCCAACCCUCCCUAUCUCAGCCCUGCUGGCUGCCUGGGACCCCAGCUGACCCCCAGCCCCUGCCCACACCCACCAAGGCCCUCCCACCCCGUUGUCUGGCAUGUUCGUGUGUGCCUCCUCUUCUCCAUCCCACUCCCAUGGGCAGACCCAGCCUCCUUUGGUUCCCCCAGACAUUCCAGAAUGCCCCACACCAUUGGCACAAAAAGUGGGGCCCCCUCCCAGACGGAACCAGUGGCCAAGGCUGGGGUGAGAUGGAGAGGAUGGAGCACCGUGUAUUUCUCCUCACGCGAGGGUUGAUCUCACACUGACACGGCGAUGGGCACCCAGGGCCAGAGGGACCCCCGUUUCUCUCGCCACCAUACCCCACCCUCCCCUACCGUGGCAUGCACCCUCUCUUUCCUGCCCCUGCCCCCAGCAGGCCAGCACUGCAGUUCGGGUGCUGGUGGCGAGGCUAGAGCAGAGAGAAACCACCCCGGGGGCUGUGGCCGCGAAUGUCGAUGACCCUUGUGUUCCCGAUCCGUGGUGUUGCAGUCUUGUCACCAGCCUUGUUUUUAGCGUGUAUAUAUGUCGCCCCUGUGAUGCAUAUAUACACAGGUAUUAAAUAUAUCGCUCUAUAUAAUA